AUGAUGAAGACCGUGGCCGGAACAGUUUUGGCGGGCAUUUUGGGGGUUUUAGCAUACGUUUACAGCUUCUACUUUCGGAAGCCGCGGCAGCUGAGACGGAAAAUGGAGCUUCAAGGAGUGAAUGGCCCUUUGCCUUCUACCAAUCCCCUGUUGGGCAACAUCCCAGAAAUCAACCGGAUUCGUCUCCUGAAAGCGAAUUCCAAACCGAGAUUUUCUCUCCACGAUCACGGAGCCACCGCCGGCGGCCGACCGGACAUCGAUCACGAUUGGCCGUCCUUCGUCCUGCCCCACCUCCGGCAAUGGCUGAAAGAAUACGGGUCCACCUUCGUCUACUCCACGGGGACGAUACAUUUCCUCUGCACCACCGACACGGAGAUGGUGAAAGAAAUCAGCCAUUUCAAGUCUCUGAGCUUGGGGAGGCCUACUUACCUCUCCAGAGACUUCGGUCCUCUGUUCGGCCAAGGCAUCAUCGCCUCCAGCGGCGCCAUUUGGGCUCACCAGCGCAAGAUCAUUGCCCCCCAAUUCUACGCAGACAAGGUUAAGAGCAUGGUAAGCCUCAUGGUGGAGUCUACCAAUUCCUUGAUAGCAUCUUGGGGAGCUGCAAUUGAUCGCUGCGACGGAGGGGUUGCAGAUGUCAACACGGACAAGGACAUGAGGAGCUUGUCAGCGGAUGCAAUCUCAAGAGCUUGCUUCGGCAGCAAUUACAAGGAUGGUGAACAUAUCUUCUCGAAAGUUCGAGAGCUUCAGAUCGUCCUGGCCAGAGGCCACGCUGGAAUCCCCAUCUUAAGACACCUACCAACCAGCAAGAACAGAGAAGUAUGGAAGUUGGAGAAAGAAAUCAACACCAUGAUCUUGGAUGUGGUGAAGCAAAGGGCGGCGGAUUCUUCUCCUGAUUCGGAGAAAGACCUUCUCCAAAUGAUACUCGAAGGUGCUAAAGAUGCUAGCAACAACAGUACUAGUGCAAAUGUUGUGACAUCUCUAGACAAGUUCAUUGUGGAUAACUGCAAGGCCAUCUACUUUGCUGGCCAGGACACCACCGCAAUUAGCGCGUCCUGGGCCUUGAUGCUGCUGGCAGCUCAUCCGGAGUGGCAGUCUAGAGCUCGCGACGAGGCAAUGCAGCUUUGUACUCGAGACAAGGUCCCGGAUGUUCGUGCUCUCCAGAACAUGAAAAUAAUAACGAUGGUGAUCCAGGAAACGCUGCGACUCUACCCGCCGGGCGUGUAUGUGACCAGGGAAGCUCUGGAGGACAUCAAGUUCAAGCACAUAACGAUUCCGAAAGGGAUGAACGUUCAGGUUCCGAUAUCGAUUGUGCAGCAGGAUCCUGAGCUAUGGGGACCGGAUGCGCACCUGUUCAACCCUGAAAGAUUUGCUGGUGGUGUACUUGGGGCUACUAACACUACAGCCGGCGGCGGCCAGGCGGCGUACAUUCCAUUUGGAGUUGGUUCGCGUGUCUGCGUCGGCCAGCACUUUGCAAUGAUGGAGCUGAAAGUCAUUCUGUCGCUUCUUCUGCUGAAUUUCAGCUUCGCGAUUUCGCCUUCGUAUGUUCACUCCCCAGGUUUUGCGUUGGUUGUGCAACCUGCGCAUGGAGUUAGCCUCCUUAUAGAGCGCGCGACUCCAUAG